UUCCCAUCCUUUCCCACUUCCCCUGGCCCGGCGGCACCAUGACGGCGUCUCCCGACUACCUGGUGAUCCUUUUUGUGACCACGGCGGGCACCAACGGGGCGAGGCUAGGCUCGGAUGAGCGAGAGCUGCUCCAGCUCUUGUGGAAGGUGGUCGACCUGAGGACUAAGAAGCUGGGGCACCCGCACGAUGUGUUGGUCCGCCCCGACCACCCGGAACUGACGGCUGAGUGCCACGAGGUCACCAAGGUGGACGUGGAGAGCCUGGCACAGGCUCCAUCGCUGGAGCAGGCAUUGAGACAGUUUAAUCAGUCUGUGAGCAAUGAGCUGAACAUCGGUGUAGGUACUUCCUUUUGUUUCUGUACUGAUGGACAGUUGCACAUUAGACAGGUUCUGCAUCCUGAAACUUCCAAAAAGAAUAUCUUACUGCCUGAAUGCUUCUACUCCUUUUUUGACUUGCGGAAAGAGUUCAAGAAGUGUUGCCCUGGCUCACCUGACAUCAGCAAACUGGAUGUUGCGGCCAUGACAGAAUAUUUAAAUCUUGACAAGAACAGUUCAGCACUCGCCUAUGGAGCCUCUCGAGUUGAAGAUAUGGGGAACAUUAUUUUAACACUGAUAUCUGAACCGUAUAAUCACAGGUUUUCAGAUCCAGAAAGAGUGAACUACAAAUUUGAAAGUGGGCCUUGCAGCAAGAUGGAGCUUGUGGACGACAACGCUGUCAUCCGAGCAAGAGGGCUCCCCUGGCAGUCAUCUGACCAAGACAUAGCAAAGUUCUUCAAAGGCUUAAAUAUUGCCAAGGGAGGUGCUGCACUCUGCCUCAAUGCCCAAGGUAGAAGGAACGGGGAGGCUCUCGUCAGGUUUGUAAAUGAAGAGCAUAGAGAUCUAGCGCUGCAAAGACACAAGCAUCACAUGGGAAACAGAUACAUUGAGGUAUACAAGGCAACAGGUGAAGAUUUCCUGAAAAUCGCAGGAGGCACUUCCAAUGAGGUUGCACAGUUCUUAUCAAAAGAAAACCAAGUGAUAGUCAGGAUGCGAGGUCUUCCUUUCAACGUGACAACAGAAGAAGUACUGGCAUUCUUUGGCCAGCACUGUCCUGUAACAGGAGGGAAGGAGGGAGUCCUAUUCGUCACAUACCCUGACAGCAGGCCAACAGGGGAUGCCUUUGUGUUGUUUGCUUGUGAGGAAUAUGCACAGAAUGCACUGAAAAAGCAUAAGGACUUGCUUGGAAAAAGGUACAUCGAACUCUUCAGGAGCACUGCAGCAGAAGUUCAGCAGGUGCUGAAUAGGUACUCUUCCACACCUCUCAUUCCUCUCCCAACACCUCCUAUUCUUCCAGUAUUACCUCAGCAGUUUGUGCCUCCAACUAAUGUCAGAGACUGCAUACGUUUGCGUGGACUUCCCUAUGCUGCCACUAUUGAGGACAUCCUGGAUUUCUUGGGAGAGUUCUCUACAGACAUUCGGACCCAUGGCGUUCACAUGGUGCUAAAUCACCAGGGACGUCCAUCGGGAGAUGCUUUUAUUCAGAUGAAAUCUGCAGACCGAGCUUUUCUGGCUGCACAGAAGUGUCAUAAGAAGACUAUGAAGGACAGAUAUGUUGAAGUCUUUCAAUGUUCUGCUGAGGAGAUGAACUUUGUGUUAAUGGGGGGCACUUUAAAUCGAAAUGGCUUGUCCCCACCACCAUGUAAGUUACCAUGCCUUUCACCCCCUUCUUACUCCUUUCCGGCUCCUUCUGCAGUCGUGCCAACAGAAGCAGCUCUAUAUCAGCCAUCUGUACUCCUGAACCCGCGGACGUUCCAGCCCUCCACAGCAUACUACCCUGCUGGGGCUCAGCUCUUCAUGAACUACACGGCGUACUACCCCAGCAUGCAGCAGAGGAUGGACUUGUACGCACAGGUGAUCCGGCCAGGAGAGUGUCCAAGGAAUGGAUUUGCAUUUAAAGGUCCCAGCAGUUAGACUUCCUUAGAGAAGAUUCCUCCAACCUUUCUGGUGGCUCAAAGAACUGCAGCAAGUCUAGAGUGGAGAUCCUGAUUAUUUUCCCUGGUUGCUACUGCUCAAACCAUUUGUGCUCAAGAUAAGUCAUCAGAAAUUUGGAAAUCAUCGUAUGGACUUCUAAGUCUUUAAGUUAGUGCACAAUUUUCAUAGGUACACACAUUGUCAUCAGAUCACCAGGCCCCUCACUGAGAGCACAGAUGUUGAACUCGCACAGUUCCUCCAGGUUUCUCGUUGAAUAAAUAAAGUAUUAAGCUGCUCUUAACAUCGAAAUAGUUUAGCCUGGACUUACAAACUCCAGCAAUAGAUCCUUUGGAAUAUAAAAGAGCUUUUAAAAUUAAUCCUGCGCACAUAUCAAACUUCUU